AAAGGGCUGGGCAGUGAGGUUCAUUAUCUCACACUUAUUUACCUGUGACACAAGUGAAAGGACACAGAGUGACCCAGCCCUUCCCACACAGAGCCCUCCCCUGUGCCUCACGGCCUUCCCCCAAGCUACACCUUUCCCCUCUGUUACUCGGGCAAAGGCUCCAUUUUCUGAACAGCUACAAAUUCACUUGUCCUGGAUCCUGUGCAGUUAACGGCUCUUCCUUUCCCCCACCUGGACACGACCCCCCUUCUCUUUUGCGCUCAGAUUGUGGAGUUUCUCUCUCACUUGCCUCACACACACGACUUUGACUGGUGGAGGCAACAGGCUGAUUAUAAGGACCCGAGCUGCGCCUGGGACGAUGCCACAGAUCUCAGCUAGAGGGGGGGCGCUUCUUCUGCAGUUUCUGGUUUUGGUUGGAGUUGGACAUAGUCUUCAUUUACAGGUGAUAGAAAGAAGCAGAAAUCAAAAUGACAAUAAAGCCAUUUCUACAAGAGUAAUAAGAUACAAGCGGGAAUGGAUUAUACCGCCUGUUUCAAUCCUAGAGGAACAGAAUAAUUCUUGGAGGAACCCAAUAGCAAAAAUUAAAUCAGAUAAGCAGACAGAAAUGAGAAUUGCAUAUCGCAUUGAGGGUAUGGGGGUGACAAAACCUCCCCUUGGCAUUUUCAUUAUCGAUGAAAGGACUGGGGAACUGAAUGUAACUGGGAUUGUUGAUAGAGAAGAAACGCCAAUGUUCUAUCUAAAAGGUUAUGCGCUAAAUCAAGAUGGAGGUAACGUUGAACCACCUAUAGAUCUUAGGGUGAAAGUCAUUGACAUUAAUGAUAAUGAUCCAGUUUUUAUAAGUGAAGUUUUUUCUGGUGUCAUCGAGGAGGCAAGCCCAGCAAAUACCUUAGUUCUGAAGCUAAAUGCAACCGAUGCCGAUGAUCCAAAUACUAUCAACGCUAAACUUGCCUAUAAAGUUAUUUCUCAAGAACCAGGAGAUAUACAAAUAUUUGAAAUAAAUAAAGAUACCGGGGAAGUUUACACCAAAGUAUCAAAAAUUGAUAGAGAGACACAAAGCAGUUACUAUCUAGUUGUCGAAGUAAGAGAUAAUGAUGGAAAAACAGGUUCUCUCUCUGGAACCGCUACAGUUAGAGUCACAGUUAAGGAUGUGAAUGACAACAUUCCAUACAUUGAAAAGGACCAGUAUGAAGGGACAGUUGAAGAAAAUACAGCAAAUGUGGAAAUUCUGCGAAUGAAAGCAAUUGACCUGGAUGAAGUAUUCACAGAUAAUUGGCUGGCUAACUUUACCAUUGUCUCUGGAAAUGAAGAUGGCAUUUUUAAGAUAAUAACAGAUGCUAAAACUAAUGAGGGGGUUUUGAUCGUUGUAAAGGAGGUUGACUAUGAGGUAAUGCAACAUGUUGAUCUGAGUGUCGUGGUUUCAAAUAAAGCAGCAUAUCAUAGUUCAAUCUUAAAUUUUGGUGGAGGGACAGAUGCAGGUGUUGGCAUUGGAGGGCUUAAGAAAACCGCUAUUAAAGUGAAGGUAAAGAACGUCUUAGAGGGUCCUGUGUUUAAGCCAAAACGAAAGGUUAUUCUGAUUAGUGAAGAAAAAACUUCAGUGCAAACGGUGAUUGGAUCAUAUCAGGCAUAUGAUGGAGACACAGGGAAAAUUUCUGUGAAUGUGAAGUAUGCCAAAGAAUAUGACCCAGAUAAUUGGUUCACAAUUGAUUCAACAACAGCUGAUAUCAAGCUUAUUAAAAUUCCAGACCGCGAAUCAAUUUAUGUGGUUAACGGGACCUAUGUGGUAAAAAUAUUGGCCAUCAGUGAAGAUCUUCCAGGAAAAACAGCCACUGGAACCAUUGCCAUAGAUGUUGCAGAUGCAAAUGACAAUUGCCCUACUUUAGUCAAUCCAAUACAGACUGUUUGCAGCACUGCAAAGUUUAUCAAUGUAACUGCAGUCGAUCGUGAUGACUUUCCAUUUGGUGCUCCAUUUAAGUUUUCUAUAUUGGAUGAGCCAGCAGGAUAUGCAAAAUUCUGGACUCUUGGACCAAGCAAUGGAGUCGGUGUACAGCUGAAACCACAAAACAUCUGGGAUGGGUCACAUAAAGUGCACGUUCUGGUGAAAGACAACCAAGGACUGAGUUGCACAGAACCACAGAUCCUUUCACUCUUUAUUUGCUCCUGUGACAAUGGUGAUGCCUGCAGUGAACGAAUGAUUGAUUCAUCUGUAAAACUAGGAGCUGCUGCAAUUGGACUAAUGAUUCUGGCCUGCUUAUUAUUAUUAUUGGUGCCACUUCUAUUACUCUUGUGCUAUUGUGGAUCUACUGGGACGGGAUUUAUGGCCAUACCAGAUGGCACGGAGGCUACAUUUAUGAAAUGGAAUAAUGAAGGUGCCGCGCCUGAAGACAUGGCUGCCCUUGCACCACAUAUUCUUGCUGCUGGAUGUACUGCAGGAGGCAGUGGAGCUGGUGCAGGAGGUAUGGGUAAAGGAGAAGCAGGCUUCCAGGCUAUGGGUGGAAUGUACCACUCAAACACCGUAAUAGACAGAAGAUGGGAAGAGCAAAGAAAUUUACUAGCAGAAGCCCAAGCAGGAGCUGCAGGGAACACAUUAAGAUCCAUGGCUGUGCUGACUUCUGGAAGUGGCUCAGGAGCCGGUGUUGGUGGAGGAGCUUAUGGUGGUGCAAUAAUAGGUGGAGGAGGUGCAAUAAUAGGUGGAGGAGGUGCAAUAAUAGGUGGAGGAGGUGCAGCCCUAGAUGAAGGAUUUAUAAAAGAAUACUUCAGUGAUAAAGCGUUUGGUUAUUGUGAUGAAGACCAGGCUCAGCCAGCAAAAGACUGCAUUCUUACUUAUACCCAUCAAGAUGUUGAGUCACUCUCAGGAUCUGUUGGAUGCUGCAGUUUCAUUGAAAGUGAAUUUGAUUAUGACUGUCUUGAUGAUUUAGGGGUGAAGUUCAAAGCACUGGCAGACAUUUGUCAGGGCAUGCAGGCCAGCACUGCUGUACAAGCAGAAAGGCAUAAGUCAUACGAGGAGCUUGCCGAAACAACUAAAUCACUUACCAUGCAAGAUGUGCAACGCUCACAGGCAAGUAGUAACGUUAGCGUAGAGAAAAAGGUAAUAGCUGCACAUGCCCCAACUUUUGCCAAUAUGGAAAGUUCCUUUAGUUCAGUUGAGACACAUGUUCAAAGAAGAGAACCUGAAAUGGUAGUUAGAGAAGAAGUAAUUGCUGAAGACUCUUCUAGGUAUAUUCAUGAUCCCGCACCUCGAGGUAAUAUCCUUGUGACAGAAAAAUCUUACACCACAGGUCCUGCAUAUUUUCUUGAGCCGCUGCACCAGCAGAAUGUCUUAGUGACAGAGAGGUUAAUUGGCAGUUCUGCUAGUUUGCAUAACAUGAUUGACAUUAAAGAUGGACAGAAUGUUAUGGUCACUGAAAGAGUGAUCACCUCUGACAAAGCAAGGCCUGGUUUUGUGGGAGCCAGUGAACCUCUAGACUCGCAAUAUGUAGUUGUAACCGAGAGGCUGCUGGCACCCAGCUCUGGUCUACAGACCUCACUGAGCAUUCCUGAACUGGCUGUCGGGAACAAUGUUGUAGUAACUGAAAGGCAUUAUACUCCUAUACAGGACAAUAUAAUACUUCCAGCUGAAAUUUCUGGAGGGAUAAAUAUGAUGAAAGACGGUGCUGUAUCUUUAGGCCAAUAUGCAAGUAAUGAUCAAUUCUUUAAACAAGAGGGGCAUUUGUCUGACGAGUUGCCACCUUCUGCCAACAAUACAAGUAAAUCUACUACCAGAGUCACGAAACACAGCACUGUACAUUACACACGGUCUUAACUGCAAAUAUAAUAAAUCCUGGAAAGUGCGAGAAGUUUAAAAAAAUUAUUGUGUUCUAGACAAGGUAAUUUCUCUUUGAGAUACACAGUCUGUACAUGUUUAUUAGGUGAGAGGUUCUGCACCUUCGCCCACAGAUCCAUCAGAUUUCAUCCUUUUUUAUUCCAAAUUUCUUUGUAAAUAUGUGUGCCGUUUCUUCCGUGACAAACAACUCAUUGGCUUAAUAUUCAGAUACAAACAGAACUAAUCUGAUACUGAACUCUCAAAAAGAUCAUUUUGUGGUGUUGAGCUAUCAAUUUUGCAUUAUUAUAUACGGAUCCAACAGGAAGCUUGAAUACUAUUUAAUUGCUCUUGACUGGAAUGUUUGUAAGACUUCUCUUCUUAGACCUUGGCUAAAAUCAACGGAUGUUCUAAACAUCAUCAUAGAAGCUUAUCAGUUGCCUGAGAAAGAUACUUGAAAGCCGUGCAGGAUUCAGGAUUACCCCACGUGUCCUGCCAGAAAUUCAGUCCAGUGGUCUUCCUGUUACAGCACAAUUUUCACAGUUCAGGAAAAUGCUUUUUUUAUCUCUUUGCACCACCAAAAUGAAAUUACUGUCUGUUAUUAUCUGGUAAUAUUAAUGUUCCAUUAACAACACUGAAAAGUAAAGUUGUACCUUUGGCCCUGGCCACCUUAUCUCCUUAACAUAAUGGGCUCUGCAUGGAAUGUUGGAUUGAUUUCUAUGAAAUUUUUCCAGACCAUUAUUUUAACCUCAGAAUCACUUCAGUUAUGUCUUGAUAGAUAUGACUUGGUAUGUUUUACAAAUCAGUUUAUCUCAAAGAAUUUGUAGAUACAGAGCAAGCUAGCCAUUAAUCAGGUAUGUUAAACACAUUGGGGCAGAUUUACUAAAGUGCUUUUUUUUUAUUAUUUUGGUAAACUGCAAAUUUUUUCAAAUGAUGUUAGUCUUUGUAAUCAUGCGUCGCACCCCUGUACUGUCAGGUAUUCUCGGGUGGAAUUGUAAAUAAAGAAAGCUGUUUUUGUAAUUACUGUUUAUAUAGUGUUAAAAUUAUUUUUUCUAACCAGAUAAUAGAACACAAAUAACAGUUUGGACAAUCAAUAAUGCAUCUAUAUGAACUAAAUUCUGAUAAUGGCAGAUCUAUUCUUUUCUCAUGUAAUGGACAUUGCUAUGGUUCACAUUUACACUGUCUGACAUGGUCUGUUUUUAAGCAAAAAUGUGCCUUUGUGUCCAGGGGUAAUGCAAUUAAUAGUGGAUGCUUUGUGCUUCUGUAAUUUUCUAUUACUUGAAUUUUUUUUACAUUAAACUUAAAAACUAAAAAGAA